AUGGCCGACUAUGCAAAAACACUGUCAACCGACUUCACCAAAGAAUUGAACCGAAUAUGUAAUGAAUUCGAUAAAGUGAGUUCGCUAACAAUUGGAAUGGCCAACCAUUGCGAGGAACACAAUUCAAGCCAGAGUGAAUCUACCUCAACCGACGCCAUCAUGAAUGAAUUGAAGUUGCUAUCCAGCACAGUCAACGCUCUGAAAAGUGACUUGACUCCUACGGUAUCAACUCCAAAUUUAAUGGACGAACUGAGUUCAGAGCCAGUGAUACAUCCGGAGCUGACUCGCAAUGAUCUAGAUGAAGCUUCAGCUGAAAACGACACAACAACCUGCAACUUCAAUAUCAACAGAAGAUACAACAACAAUAAUUUCAACAACAAAAACAAUAAUACCAGCAACAAUAACUUCAUCAACAAAAGACACAACAACAACGACAUAAGCAGAAAAAUGGUCAACAGAAGCAGAAACAACAAUUUCAAUGGAAACAACGACAAUAAUCACAACCAUAAUCGCAUAAACCACAAUGAUCGGAACAGCUUUAUGAACCGGAAUAAAUGCGGAAAUAAUAGCAACAAGAAUUUCAACCAUAACGCGCACAACCAUAAUCACAAUCGACCGAAAAACGAGCGCUCCGUCGCGAGCCGAGUGGCCUAUUAUCGACGUCAAACUGCUCUACGGUUAAAAACCCUGCUUGGUCCACCGGAACCUGAUCCAACAUUCUAUCACCAACCUUCAACUACCCUGGUAGCCAAGGACUGA